AAAACAGAUAAGGUACAGAUGCAACGUUAUGGGCAGAUGGCCGGGCUCAUGGAUGGUUCAGUGUUUUUGUUAUAAUUUCUAGUUAGCAGUAGGAGAAUAAAGGCAUAAGUGGGUAAGAGCACAGAUGUGUUUGAAACUCAUGAGUAAUCUCUGCGGGACUUUUUGGCUGGUUCCUGCUGCUAGAUCUGGCAAACAGCAGGCUGGGAGGGUGGGCAAAGGCCAAGCAGGCUGGGAGGGUGGGCCAGGGUCCAGCAGGGGUGGGGAGGGAACAUGUGCAAAGAGUGUCUCCUCUGUAUUUAUUCACAAAACAAUGGAUGAGAUAUGCUACUGGGUACCAGGCACAAGGUUCUAGAAUGGGUACCGGGAAGAGCCCAUAAUACCAGCGGUAGUAAUGGUAACACUAGUAAGAGCCAACACUUAUGCACUAUUUAACAGCAUGUAAUCAUUAAGGUAACACUAGUUGAUGUGACAGUGAAACUCUGAAAUCUCAGAGACUUAAAAGAAGUUUAUUUCUCAUCCAUGGAAAGUCCUGUUGGGUGUUUGGCAGGUGGCUUUCUACAUGGCGACCCACGGACCCAGACCCCUCCAGCUUGUGGCUCAGCAUUAUUUCCUUCCAGCUUGUGGACAGGGAAGGAGAUAAACAGUCCCUCAUGGGAGGUUUUUACGGGCCAGGUCUGAAGUGGCACACAUUCUUUCUAUCUUAAUUCUCCUGACCAGAACGUGAUCACAUGGCCUUAUCUGACGGGCAAGGGAGUCCCAUCUCCUUAUAAGACUUGGAAAUAUGUUUUGGUGAACGCAUAGCGGUCUCUGCCACACCACAUCCAAGCACACAGCUAAGCAUGGAUCACCUCAUUGAGUCCUCAUGAUAGAAACAGGCACCAUUAGUGUCCCAUUUUACAGAUGAGGAAACUGAGGCUCAGAGAGGCGAAGUCACUGGCCCAGGUCACACAGCUGGUGGGGAGGCAUAGCCAAGCCUCCAGUUGGAUUUUGAAGCUAUAAGGUCUAGACUUUUCUAUGAGGAAUGCAAUCACUGUUUUGAGAUUUGGCUGUAGAGGCGGUGCACACAAGGGUUAGAUAUGAUCUCUUGGGAUCUAGAGAACCCAGUCGGACUCUAGGUGGAGAACUCUGGGCAGAGCCGAGGGUUCUGGCAUCCUGCUCCCUUCUCCUGAUCCCUUAGGGCACUGGGCUGGGGGAAGGCACAGAAUAAUUCAGUUCACCAAGCACAUCUGGGGCCCCCUCUGCCAGGCUGCGUAAGAAGGGUUGGAGAUCCUGGCCCAGGGGGUGUUUGUGACCUCCCCCCUGCUCUGAUUAUGGGUGUGCAGCCUGUAGUGGGGACUUCUGGAGGGCGUCUGGAGGUGGGAAAAUGGGAGUCCCGAAGUUUUGUAGUGACAGCUCUCUGCCCCUGGCUGAGUUCACUUCUGCCUAAAUUUGGCCGCGGUUGCCACGGCAACUUGGUGGCACUUACCUUUUUGGCCUGGUGCCCUGUUUCCUGGUUUUCCAUUUGCAGAACGGACUUCCUAGUUGAGGAUGAGGGGUGCAGCCUGACUGAUGUGCAUUUAUGUAGCACCUGCUGCGUUCCUGGGUCUGACCUAGACAGAGUAGUAGAGUCGUAAGGGGAAAUGCCUGGCCUCGCCUUGGAGCCCUUAUUGGGGGGCUGCCUGGCCCAAGUGGAACGAGCUCUGGGCUUACCCCUUCCCUGUGGCAUGUCACUUUGAAUGAGUGAGAGCUCUAACCUCUCUAGGCCUUGGUUUUCUCAUCUGGAAAUGGGUUGAGGUGGGGAUUUAAUGAGCUACAUCAAAUAUGCCUCGUCCGGGACAUGGCACUUAGAGGGGCCACAGGAAGCAGGAGUGAUGCUAAUGAAAUCAGGAACAGCAGCAUGCCAUCUGCUCAUGGCUUACUCUGCGCCCGCUGGGGCUUAAACCCCCUUAUACCUUUCAACCCACUGGAUCCUCAGUGACUCUGUGUGGUAGGGGCUCUCAGUCCCAUUUUAGAGAUGAAGGAACUGAGGCUCAGAGAGGUACCUUGUCCAAGGUCAUCAUACUGCCGAGGAGUGGUAGAGCUGGGACUCCCAUGUACCACAUGGGACCAGCUGGGACCACAGAUAGGCCGGGCAGUCCAGAGUUUGGGGCCUAACUGCUCCAGGCAGCGUCCUUACUGCAGGGCAGGAACCAUGGGAGGUGGUGGGUGGACCUCUGGCCCUGGGGUACAGGGACGGUCCGUUUUGGAUUUUCCAGUGAGUGAAAUCGGUAUUUAUCGAAUGCUCCCAAUGAGCCCGGCCCUGAGUUACAUGCCCUUUGUGCCCUCACGGUUUUUGGUUUAAUCUCCCAGACAACUCCCUGAGAUGGGUGCCAAUAUUAUCCACAUCUUACAAGAGGACAGUGAGGCUCAGAGAGGCAAAGUUGCUUUCUCAGAAGCACACAGCCUGUGUGUGUGGCUGGGAGUGGGGGUGAGGGGAUGAGGGGCUUCAGAUCGCUUGGUGUGGGCAAUUCCACGGUCCCGAUCUUUGCCCUGAACGUGUCGUGGGAAAACGUCUUCCCAGCACCCUGGGAAUACAGGCUUCGCAAAUCACGUGACCCCCGUCUGGGUCAGCAAAGAAGGUGUCAGACUGGUCUUUCCCGCCUCCUGAUACUAACCCCACCCCCUCGGCUUGGAGGGCUCUAGGACCCAGCAGCUGGGGCGGGUGGACAGUGAGUCUGGGGGCUGGGGGCAAGGUGGGUCCUUAGCUCCAGGGCCCUCCUCUUCCCUCUCUCCAUCCUUUCCCUUUCUCCCUUACCUCCUUUCCUCCCUCCUCCCCUCCCCCUCUUCAUCCCUCCUCUUCCCUCUCUUCCCUCCCCUCCCCUCCUUCCCCAGCCCCUCCCCCUCCCUCAGCCCCUCCCACCUCGGUGGUCACAUGGGGGCACUGCCGGGUUUAAGCCUAAUCUGCCCUGUGCUCAGCAUUGCGUCUGACUGUGGGAUGGGCGAGCUGAGCUGGUUUCUGGGGCCCUGGAAAAGGGCCUGGAGGGGGGUCUCCACAGCUUCCCCCCCAUGAGUUUGGGGCUGGAGGAACCGUUGGAGGCCCAGCUGGCACUGGAGACCAUUAUCCAGACCUUGGAGAGCAGCGUCCUGAGAGCAGGCCAGGAGAAGGGCCUGAGCGAGCAGGACCCGGCCCAGGACUCUCCCAGGACCGCUGGCCUGCCUGCCCGCAUCCGGGAGAUUGUCACCCGCAACCUCUCCCAGCCUGAGAGCCAAGCCCCGCUGCCAGCCCCAGAGAUGGCAUCAGUGCUGUCACUGCAGGAGGAGAACCAGCUGCUGCAGCAGGAGCUGUCCCGCGUGGAGGACCUGCUGGCCCAGAGCCGCGCGGAGCGUGAUGAGCUGGCCAUCAAGUACACCGCGGUCAGCGAGAGGGUGGGUGCUGCCUGACGGCCGAGAGCUGGGGCAGGGUGCUCCCCUGCUGCGAGGGCCAGGCCUGGGCACUGGGCUGAGGGUGGGCCCGGAGUCAGGCUGGCCUGGGUGCCGAUUGUGGCCCUGCCAGCGUGAGUGGCCUGGAGCAAAUCACCGUGCCCUCCCAGUCUGUUUUCUGUCGCGGGGAUGCUAAUAUGAUGUGGGCUGGUGAGGAGUCAGCGAGGUGAUGGAAUAAAGUGCCUGUCACCAGGGUAUUUCAUUCCUAACUGUCCCACACCUGCUUGGGGUGGGGGCCCAGAGAGUAAGGCCCCUAGAGGCCCCCGCCACCCCUCGAGUGUCUGGACAUCUCUCUGUGCUCCCACGUACAUGGGUCUUGGGGUCCGUCCAGUGGUGGCUGGACACUGAGGCAGGCAGGCUGAGUGCCUGGCACAGGCAGUAUUCUGCCGGCCUUCUGGGGCAGCCGCAGACCUGCAGCCACUCCCCAUGGAAGUGAGACCUCGAAGCCUGGCCAGGCCUGGAAGCCAGGCUAGCCUCCUAGUCCAGGUAGGACUCACAUUCCCUGGGCACCUGUGCGGUAGGCUUGUGGGGACCCUAGGGCCUGGGCCAGGACUACACGUUUUUGGUGCGCUGUCUCCUUUGGGCCUCGGGGCUUGUGAGAGGCGACGCUAGGGAGUGGAUGGUGGCUGGAAGUUGGUGAGAGAGUUGCGCGAGGGAGGGCGUGUCUAGGUGGGAGGUGUGUGGGCGGUAACUGUCGAGGCAGUAACUACUGUUUACUGAGUGCUUACUCUGGGCCAGGUGCUUGCUGGUGCUUCACGUCUGCUGCACCAAGGUUGAGACCAUCAUGAUGCUCAGUUAAUAGAGGAGAUAGCAGGCUCCGAGAGGGACAGCACCAGGCUUGGGGUCACACAGCCAGUGAAGGCUAUAGGGCUCUCGACCCCCAGCCCAGGGCUGUGCUUUGCCAUUUUGUUUUCUGGGUGUAGGAAGAGACAACUGGGCUGGGAGUUCCAGGGGGGCAGUUGGAAAGCUGGAAGGACCUCAGACAUGACCCUCUGGCUAUAACAAAUGGGAGACUGAAGCCCAGAGCUGGAAGCUGGCCCAGAGCCCCCUGUGCGCUAGGCAGAGCCAGGUUAGCCGAGGAUCCCUGGGCUGGGCCUGUCAUGUAGAGGCUUGCAUACUCCUGUGGGGAGGAGGGACAUGCAUUUAUGUGUGUGGUUGGGAGGUGUGCCAGUGUCCUGGCAUUGGCUCGCCUGGACAGGCCCCCCAACUUGUCGAGACUUGCGGAGGAGCUGGGCGGGGGGCCCGGAGUGGUCCAUAGUGCUGGGGACAGUGCAGAGCUAGUUUUCCCAGGUUUGGCAGGAGGUGUGGAGGGGUGGGCUGGCCCGAGUCCCCUGUUGUUGGGGGUG